AUGGCUCAAAAUCACCGCGGUCGUUCUUUACUACAUCGUCCUCUAUCCGAUCCUGGUACUUUUGAAGGCACUAUUAUACAUUUUGGUGUUGAUAUCUACCCCCGUAAUAUACAUUGGGUCAUCAGUCCUCGCUCUGAUAUUGAUUCCAUGGCGCAUAUUCGCUCGUUUCGAGGUCUGCCAUCAUCUCUGAUUGCACUUGGCGUUGUUCGGUACUUAUUGUUAUCGCAGGCACUCUGGUACUUCAUCGGCAGUGCUGUCGUUCUCGGCGCCGCUCUCGGUCUUUUCCUGCAUUUCGCAAUGCGUGCGGUUGUUCUCAUGUUCAAACUCGACAAGAAACCGAAAGUCGAUCCUGCUCCCCCCACAGGUCACGAUGCCAUAUCGUACAGAAAAGCAAGAGAAGAGAAAAAGAGGAAGCAAUUGGAAGAACAACAACGACUGGCUGUUCAAGCCAAAUUGAUAGCCUCCCAACCACUCCUGCAAGACGCCGUCCGUGAAGCCCGAAAGAUGCCCCUGUCGAGCACACCUAUUGGUCCAUUGAGUCCAAAUAUUUCUGUGUCCAACAGGCAUGGCUUGCUUCAGCAGACCAUCCUCGAGCACAGCGACGAAGAUGAUGACUCUUCAGUAUUCUGA